GUUUCCUACUCUAUGCCUAGAAGCUUCUAGGCAUUGAUUUCACCUAUACUAAUAUGAAGCUCUAUGGAUUUCACCAUUGGUUCCAUGUAGUGGUGUUAGUGGGCAAUAGGGGCUGGUUAUAAAACAACUUCAGAAAAAAAAAUUUUACAAGUAUUUAUUUUAAUAUGUUUUUAUAAACAAUUGUUUAUUAUUUUGAAGUUGAUGGCGUAUCAGGACCACGGUCCAAUUAGGACAUGCAAGAACAAAAAAAAAAAAAAAAAAAAAAAGAAGCGACGGAGCCGGAUAGCUCAUCGUAGCGAAGAAGCCUGUAGCACAGAACACCUAUACAAAUGCCUGUAGCUGGUAGCACAGAACACCCGAACGCCUAGCAGUAGCCACGAGCAAAUCCUCCGUGCAGUGUGAUGCAUGGUGGAAGAUGCGAAGGAGCAUAGAGUUUCACUCUAUGCUAGGGGUAUCCUUCACUGUCCAAUGCAUGCUCAUCCUAGUCCUCGCGUUGUGGCAACGUCUCGAGGUGUUCUGUCAUUCAACUGUUUGAGAUUGCUUAAUCGAGGCUAUUUGGCUGCAAGGGCAUGAGUCGCGAGUGGCGACCGCUCAUUACGCGAAGCUGCCUGUUUGAAUUCGGGCAUGAAAAUCCGUUCUCCCAUCUGCGUAUAUCAUCAUCGGAGUUUUUGGAAGAAAUAAACGACCGUGGCGUUUGUCCAAAAUGUCAUAAGUCGCGUAUGUACUUUUGCUACACGUGCUUUACCGCAGUCGACAGCAUUCGCGACAGAAUUCCAUACUUAAAGUUGCCCAUGCAGAUUGCCAUUCUGAAGCAUGCUGGCGAAGUUGAUGGCAAAAGUACUGCAGCUCACUUGCCUGUCCUUGCUCCAGACCACGUAAAGAUUUACACAUUUCCCAACAUCCCAGCUUUCAACCCAAAUGAGGUGUUGCUGCUUUUUCCCGGAGAGAAUGCCCAGCCCUUUGAGAAGCUGUGGAAGAGCAGGCAGAAUGGCCAGACAGCCGGCCCAUGUGUCAUUUGUGCAAAGGAGCAUUUCAACAUUCCCUGGAGGACAUUAAUAUUUAUCGACAGUACGUGGAAGCAGACCAAGAGGAUCUACCUUGACGCAAAGAUUAAAGGGCUCCCGUGCGCAGUGCUGGAGGGCGGCCGUUCGGCAUUCUGGCGCCCUCAGCGGGGCAAACCGUCCAGCUGGCUGGCCACGGCCGAAGCCGUCCACCUGGCUGUCACUCAGUUGCUGGCUUUGCAGGGAUGUGCCGGACACGUUGAUGACCUGCUGUUCUUCUUCAAAUUCUUCUACGCCAGGAUAAGGUCACGCUACAGCCAGGACUUGGGAGUGAGCAGCCGGGAACAGCGGUGACGAUCGCUGUUUGUCCACGUCUGCUGGACUGUGCGCCCAGUGUUGGCAGCGCCCACGGGGAGGGGCGAAGCUGGACGGCUGCGGGUUUUGUAAACUACCGAAUCCACGUCAACGUACAUAGUGAGUGUGGAAUCGCGCAGGCCACAAAAACGAAAACUGCGGCGUCAGCCUUCGCUGACGAGCUCUGUUCGUGCAUACGUAACAAGCUUACCAAGCAGCUGCCGCCUGCAUUUCGCUUUGAUUCGGUCGUGCGCCGUGCUCGUGCUACAUUAUUAUCUCUGAAACUGUCGCACGAUGUGGAAAGUAGCUCACAACUGGCAGCCGUUGGGUUUCUGUAGCCGAGGGACGAGCGCACUGUUCUUGCCGAGAUUUCUCUACGGGCGUCGACUCCGCUAUUUCAGUCGGUGCCUUGCAGUGAAGGGGGCAUGCAAACUGUACCUUGAAUGUAGAAAGAAUAAAGAGUGUGCUAUCCUUCAAUAAAACAUCGUGAUUUUCCAAACAAGACA